AUGCAGCUGUACAACUUGACGUUGCAGCCGUCGUCGAAUGUGACGACGGCCGUUGUAGGGCAGUUCGCAGGCACGCGUGAGCAACAAGUGCUCCUUGUCCGUGGGAGUCGUCUGGAAAUGUACCAUAUAGAUACCAAUUCGGGCCAAAUGACGCGGUCGUUGGCGCAACAUACAUUCAGCAAUAUUCGAAGUGCCGCGAGCUUCCGGCUGAUGGGCGGCUCGAAAGACUACUUGAUUCUGGGCAGCGAUGCAGGGCGUAUUGUUGUGCUCGAGUACAAUGGUUCGUUGAAUCAGUUUGAAAAAGUACAUGAAGAGACGUUCGGGCGAUCUGGAAAUCGCCGCAUUGUGCCCGGCCAGUACCUGGCCACGGACCCGAAAGGCCGUGCCGUGCUGAUCGGCGCAGUAGAAAAGAGCAAGUUGAUUUACAUCCUGAACCGCGAUACCGAUGCACAUCUCACUAUAUCUAGUCCACUUGAAGCGCAUCGUCAUUCGGCGAUUGUUCAGUGCAUUGUUGGCGUUGAUGUCGGCUAUGAAAAUCCACUCUUUGCAUCGCUGGAAACAGAUUACGCUGAUGCAGAUGCCGAUCCAACCGGCGAGGCAUAUGCUCGGACCGAGCAAAUGCUUACCUACUACGAGCUGGAUCUCGGACUGAACCACGUCGUGCGCCGCUGGACGGAGCCCGUGGCAUCAAGUGCGCAUCAUCUCAUUCCCGUGCCGGGCGGCUACAACCAUGCUACGGAGCGCUGGGAUGGACCCAGUGGUGUGCUCGUGUGUAUGGAUGACUAUAUCGUGUACAAGCACCCAGGCCAGCCUGAGCACCGAGUUCCGAUUCCCGUCCGCGAGCAGCACGGCUUUGGCCAAAGUCGUGGCUCGAUGAUUGUCGCUAGUGUGUUACACAAGAUGAAGACGUCUUUCUUUCUCCUGGUCCAGAAUGAAGAUGGGGAUCUGUUCAAGGUGUCGGUGGACCAUGAGGACGAGCAGGUCGAGGCUCUGCGUAUUCGCUAUUUUGACACCGUUCCUGUUGCUGCCACGUUGUGUAUUUUGCGCUCGGGUUUUCUCCUUGUCGCUUCAGAAACGGGUGCACAGCAGCUGUAUGCAUUUCAAAAGCUCGGCGACGAUGACGACGAGCGGUUCCCGGAGUAUAUUUCGACGGACUAUGGCAGCUCUGACGCCGGACCGUCGCCGCUGCCAUCACUGCCGACAUUUUGCCCACGGCCACUCGAUAACCUGGCGCUAGCCUACGAACUUGACGCACUUGAUCCGCUCUUGGAUGCGAAGGUUAGUAACCCUCUUCACAGCGAUGUCCCGCAAAUCUACGCGGCGUGUGGCCGUGGCGCACGCAGCUCGUUCAAACGACUUCGCCAUGGCCUAGAAGUGAGCGAAGUUGUCAGUAGCGACUUGCCAGGCGUGCCGGAGGCCGUAUGGUCCACAAAGCUGCGCAGUUCAGACCAAUACGAUGGGUACAUCGUGCUGAGCUUUGUGAAUGGAACACUCGUUCUCAGUAUCGGCGAAACAAUCGAGGAGGUGGAAGAUAGCGGCUUUCUCACGACGGAGCGAACUCUUGCGGUGCAGCAACUGGGCACGGAUGCGCUUUUGCAGGUACAUCCUCGCGGCAUUCGGCACAUCUUGUCGAACAAGCAGGUCAACGAGUGGACCACUCCCUCGUGUCAAGACGGAUCACCGACACAGAUCGUUGCUGCGACGACAAAUGAGCGCCAGGUCGUCCUUGCCCUCGACAGCCAAGAGAUUGUGUAUUUUGAGCUCGACAUGGACGGCCAGCUGAAUGAGUUCCAAGAACGCCGCGAUAUCGAAGCCGAUAUUGUGGCCCUCAGCAUCAGCGCGUGCCCUGAAGGCAGUCAGCGGACACCUUACGUGGCCAUUGCGUGUGCAGAUCAAACCGUGCGAAUUGUUUCACUGGAUCCCGAUUCCACACUUGCUCCUAUGAGCUUACAGGCACUGACAGCACCGCCAUCAAGUAUAUCCGUAUGUGAGAUGCUUGACGCAUCGCUAGAUCGACACCAUCUCACGAUGUUUGUGUGCAUUGGCCUGGCCAACGGCGUCUACAUCCGCACAGUCCUCGAUCCCUCAACAGGGCAGCUCACCGAUACUCGCACACGGUUCCUUGGUGGUCGGCCUGUCAGGCUCGUCCGCACGCAAGUCCAUGGCGACACGGCGAUGAUGGCAUUGAGUACACGCAGUUGGCUUGCUUAUACAUUGCAUAGUCACUUGCAUUUUACGCCGCUCAUGCUCGAGGCGCUUACCCACGUCUCGACCUUCCAUACAGAACUAUGUCCUGAUGGUUUGCUGGGCAUUGAAGGCAAUGCACUACGGAUCCUCACUGUGCCUCGCCUGGGCAGCGAACUCAAGAUGGACUCUCUUCGCUUGACGUACACACCACGCAAACUUGCCGUCCAUCCACAGCAGGCUUCGCUCUUUUACGUGAUUGAAUCCGACCACCGAGUUGUCCCGCCAACCGAUGUAGUGUCUCAAGCACGGACAGCUUGGGAUCCUGUCCAGUUCGGCCACGUACGUGCAAGCGCUGGUCAUUGGGCAAGUUGUUUGCGUGUGGUCGAUGGCACAACAAUGCAGACCUGUGCUGAAUAUGCGUUAGAAAAGGACGAGGCGGCCCUUAGUAUGGCUCUUGUGCCCUUCGCAGCGUGUGGAAAUGAGCUAUUCCUGGUCGUUGGCUCCGCUCUGGGCGUCACCCAUGCACCACUCACGUGGCGCGCUGCUUUCUUAUCCACGUAUCGCCUAACGGACAAUGGCUGCGGCUUGGCCCUUGUGCACAAGACUGAAGUGGAUCAUGUGCCGCUGGCACUCCGUGCCUUCCAUGGACGCUUGCUUGCAGGAACGGGGCCCUAUGUGCGUAUUUUUGACAUGGGGACCAAGAAACUGCUGAGAAAGUGUCAAAGCCGGCCCUUUCCGUCCAAAGUCGUCAGCUUGCAAGUACAAGGCUAUCGUGUGAUAGUGGGCGACAUGCAAGAGUCAGUGCAUUAUUCCGUUUACAAACCAGCGACGAACACUCUCGUGGCAUUUGCAGACGACAUCAUGCCUCGCUGGACCACCUCUGCGCUGCUUAUGCUCGACUACGACACUGUUAUGGCUGGCGACAAGUUCGGCAACGUGUUUGUACUACGUAUUGACUCCAGCGCCUCAUUAAGUGCCGAUGAAGAUCCAACAGGACUCAUGCUGCAAAAUGAGCGGUCGUAUUUGAUGGGUGCGGCACAUCGUGCGCAGCUUCUAGCACAUUAUCACGUGGGUGAUAUAAUCACUAGUCUCUCGAUGGAGAGUCUUGUACCUGGUGGUCGGCCCGUGGUUCUUUAUACGUGCGUGAAUGGGACAAUAGGUGCGCUUGUUCCGUUUAUCAGUCGGGAAGACGUACGUCUUUUCACCACCCUUGAGAUGCACAUGCGACAGGAGAACCUGAGCCUAACGGGGCGCGAUCAUCUCGCUUAUCGCGGACAUUAUACCCCUGUUAAGGCUGUGGUAGAUGCAGACUUGUGUGAAUUGUAUACGGCGCUACCACACGAGAAGCAGGAGAGCAUUGCCGAUGAACUUGAUCGCACACCAGCAGAUAUCGCUAAGAAACUUGCUUAUAUGCGUGAAUCGACGACAGAAUUGUAA